AGGAAGACACCCCCACCCCGUCCUGGAAGAGCUGGGAAGGAGAACAUCUGCUCAGGAAGCAACCCUUGGAAGAUACUAGCCAUGAAGAUCUCUCUGCUGCUGGUGUCCCUGCUCCUGGCAGUGGUGCUAGGAGAUGAAGAAGAGGGUCAUUCCAGGUUCCAUGCUGAGGGCAGAGGCUCGGGACCCCGAGGCCCCAGGUACGCCGAGGGGACUUUCAUCAGUGACUACAGCAUCGCCAUGGACAAGAUCCGCCAACAGGACUUUGUGAACUGGCUGCUGGCGCAGAAGGGGAAGAGGAACGACUGGAAGCACAGCAUCGCUCAGAGGGAGGCCCAGGCCCCAGAGCUGGCCCAUCAAUCUAACAGGAAGAAGGAGGCCAGGGAGCAGCGGGGCGCCCUGCUCAAGAAGCCCGGUGACGAAGAUUCGCUGAAGAACUUUCUGAUUGCGGAGCUGCUGGCCUGGAUGGCGGAUCAGACGGAGCUCUGCAGGCUCAGGUUGCAGUGA